AUGUGCCAGUGUGAAAGUUCAGUUGAAUGGAUUCCAAAUUUUUUUGCGUUUGUGUUGUACGGGGAGGUAUCCGAGACACGUGCGGAAGCCAGUAAGGCUUUUCCUGGGCAUUCUUUGAGAACGGGUUUUGAGUAUUUUUGUGUUAUACCAGGUCACAGCGGUUCUCAAGGUCCCCCAGGCGAAUUGGGUGAUACUGGAGCAAAGUGUAGUCUGAAGGAGAUUACUUUCUUCAUUAUUGCUUUGGAGGGGAAGAAAUUCGGUGCUACUGAUGGUGAGAAAGGAGAUGAAGGUCCAGUUGGUUCUACAGGCAAACAAGGUCUUCCAGGUUUAACCGGUCCUCCUGGUCCGCCGGGUCCACAAGGUCCUCCUGGGAAAACUGGAUCAACAGGAGCAGUGGGUGUAAUCGGUCCAGCAGGUCCACCUGGCCAACAAGGUUUAUCUGGAAAGACUGGACCAGCAGGUUCUUCUGGGCCUAGAGGUGCUAGAGGAGAAACAGGACUACCUGGCCAGAAACAUUUUGAGUUUCACACCCCUUGUGAUAAUAGUACAGGGGGCACUGAAGUAUAA